CCUCGGCACUUUGACACGAAGUUUUGAUUGUCAAGUGAUAAUUAGUCGAGACUCCGAAAACCGGUGGUUAUUACUUGAAGAAAUGAAAGUUGUUGAUAAAAGAGAACAAUAAAUAAGAAGACUGAAUGAAAAGGUCAAAAUACAUUGGCAUUUUUAUUGAACAAAAAUGGCAUCACAAGAUGAAGGUGGUCAAAGCGAUAGAUUGCUGCAUGAUAAAAGAAAUGUUACUUUGGAAAAUGGUGAUAUCCAAGGUGAAGAGGAUGUAGAAACAGAAAUAAAGGGACCACACUACUACAGUUUACCAUCCUUACGUUAUGCUAAUAUAUUAAAGACUAUUAUCUUUAUAGAUGGAGUUAUUUCUAUUGUUUUAUGGUUGACAGGUGGACACUCCAAAUAUUUUGUUGACAACAUCGUUCAUUUCCACCUGUUAGAUUCUGUGUUUGACUUGGCCAUUAUGUGCAGCUUGAAAGCCAUUUUCUUUAUAGUUCUAUAUUCGUGGCUAGAAGAAAUUUCCUUUAAACAAACUGAACAUCCAUAUGACAGAAAUUUACAAUCAAAGUCCAAAAUUCUUCACUUUUUAAUUAUUUUGCUGUCAACAAUAUUUAUGGUGUAUUCAAUAGCAAAAGGUGGUUUAGUCUUAAAUGCAUACCUGAAUCAGACAGACUAUGUAAUAAUGCAUGCAACAUAUAAUGCAUUGGUUAUAAGUGCUGUGUGUUUUAGUAUUUUAGAAUUUAUAUUUUCGCUGUAUAGUUUUAUCGCUAUGAGAAAGUUAAAGAUUUUACGGGUUUUACAUCGUCUCAAUGAUGAGAGACAAGAAAUAGAUUCAGAUGGCAAACAAGUGAAGAAAAAGCCAAGUUUAAAAAGAUUAGCUUCAUUGGCCAAACCUGAAUUGCCUAUGAUUAGCCUGGCAUGUUUAGCUAUGUUAGGUUCUAGUGGAUCUCAGAUGGUAGCACCAUUAUUUUUCGGUAAAGUUGUGGAUGCUGCUCAGAAAGAUAUGGGUGAAUUAAACAGUACAGUUCUUACAUUAUUGUUGAUUUAUAUUGGUGGUGCAAUAUGUUCUAUGGUAAGAAGCUGGAUAUUUACUCUGGCUGGUCAAAGAGUUGUUGCUAGGUUACGCAAAAAUCUAUUUUCAUCUGUUAUAAAGCAGGAAGUUGCUUUUUUUGACACAAACAGAACAGGAGAAAUAUGUAAUAGAUUGUCAUCUGAUACACAAGUUUUACAGAAUGCUGUAACGGCCAAUAUGUCGAUGUUAGCUAGAUAUUUAUUACAAAUAAUAGGAUCUCUUGUACUUAUGUUUGUAUUAAAUGCAUCAUUAACUGGUGUGUUGUUAGCUGUUGUACCUAUUGUUUCACUUGGUGCAGUACAAUAUGGACGUUUUGUGAAGAAAUUAAGACAGAACUUCCAGGAUAGAUUAGCUGAUGCUGGUACCACAGCUGAAGAAUCUAUAUCUAGUAUUAGAACCGUUAGGAUGUUUUCUGGAGAAACCAAGUCUGUUAAACUUUAUGGUUCUGAUAUUGAUAAAAGUUAUGGUGAGGGUAAAAAAUUGGCAGCAGCACAAGGUGCUUUUGAUGGAACCGUUGGUAUGUUGGCAUAUGGAGCUAUUAUUUUAGUAUUAUGGUAUGGAGGAAAGUUGGUGUAUGAAAAUUCACAAGAUAAAACAAAGGGAAUCACACCUGGUUUGUUGACAUCUUUUCUUCUGUAUACACUUCAAGUUGCAAUGGCUUUUGCUCUUCUUUCAUCUUUAUAUGGAGAUUUUAUGCAGGCCCUUGGUGCAUCAUUACGUAUAUUUGAUUUAAUGGACAGAAAACCAUUAGUUUCAAAUGAAAACGGAGAAAUUUUAGCAUUGUUAGAUGGACAUGUUGAAUUUAAGAAUGUUUUUUUCACCUACCCAUCAAGGCCAGAAACACCAGUUAUAAAGGGAAUGAAUUUGACUGUAAAUCCAGGUCAGGUUGUAGCAUUAGUUGGUCCGUCUGGUGGUGGUAAAUCAACUAUUGUUAGUUUAAUUGAAAGAUUUUAUGAUCCUGAUAGUGGCACAAUAUUAUUAGGUGGAAGAGAACUAUCAACUUUAGAUCCUCAUUGGUUUCGUCAGAAGAUUUCUAUGGUUAGUCAGGAACCUACAUUAUUUGCCUGUUCUAUAAAAGAUAAUAUUGCAUAUGGUAAAGUAGCAACAGAUCAGGAGAUAGAGGAAGCUGCAAAACAAUCAAAUGCUCACGAGUUUAUUAUGACGUUUGAGAAUGGAUAUGAGACGUUAGUUGGUGAACGAGGUGUCCGACUAUCUGGUGGACAGAAACAACGUAUAGCUAUAGCUAGAGCUCUUAUUAUGGAUCCAGUUAUAUUACUGCUAGAUGAGGCUACAAGUGCUCUAGAUGCAGAAAGUGAACAUUUAGUACAAGAAGCUAUAGAUCGAGCUAUGAAAGGUCGAACUGUUAUAGUAAUAGCACAUAGAUUAUCUACUGUUAGAAAUGCUUCAAAGGUUAUUGUGAUAGAAAAAGGUGAAAUAGCAGAACAGGGUACACAUGAUGAAUUAUUAGCUCAUAAUGGUGUAUAUAAGAGACUAGUAUUACGUCAAUUAACAGCUGGUGGUAUGAAUAUUGAUCAACUAGAUAUCAACUCUGUACAAAAUGGUGAUACUGUUGAGAAUGAUACAGACAAAUAGAUAUUUUUCUAAUAGAUUUGGUACAUACAAAUAGAUGUUUUAUUAUAGGUCAUAGAGAGGUGGAGACAAAUAGAUUUUAUUUUUCCAUUUUAUUUUACAACAUGGUCAUCCCUAUGAAUCAAUAAAAAGAAAUGGGGUUUAAUGCCAGUUGACUUGAUGACAGACCUUAUGAUACAACGCUCACACGCUAAUCAUUCAGCCAUCCACCCCCCACCCUGCCCUGUGAAUCAAUAAUGUGAUCCCAAUAGGCCAAUAAUGUGACUUUGGUCCAUAUUAUCGAUGAUCCCAGUCUGCUUGCAUUCUACAAAAUGGUAGAGAUGUAUACAAUAUAUUAAAAUAGCAUUUAAUUUGGUAUUGUCAAAUAAUUUAUUUAUUGUGUAUUAGUCUUAUAGUCGUUGAAUGAAGCUAUAGACAGUCAGUUAGAAUGGCAUUUAAUGUUAUGUAAGUGAGUAUUGUCAAAUGUUUUAUGAUAUAUGUCUUGUUUGUAUGUCUUGUUUACACUAUAACCACCUUAAUCUACAUCUCCAUAGGGCAAUUAUUUUUUAUUUUUUUUGGGGGGGGGGGCAUUAUUGCAAUCCAAACUAGCCUCAUAUUUACAAGUUCUGAUGGGUGUUGUGUACUAUUUUCGACAGCACUUGAUAUUGAGAUCAUCAUUGUCCUCCCAAAUUUAUGUAGCUAACACAUUUGGGUUGACAUUGAUAGUUGAAUAUUGAGUAGGUAAUUUGUAUAUUGUUAGGACUUUGUCUUUGAUUUGUCCGGCAGUUAUUCUGCUUUUCCUGUAGUUUUAAUACAUGAAUACUUUCUCCUAUUACAAUAAAAAAAACAACUAUAUGUAACAUAUAUCUAGAGAAAGUGCUCAAAUUAUAUUAUCUUAUGUUCAGCAUAUAUCACUUCGUUUCAUUCAUUAAAGCCGCUGGUCAUCAUUUGGAUAUUCCUGCACCCACCUACCAUAUUAAUGUGACACCUGGAUUCUCUAAUGGUCACAACUGUCAACUAUAUCUAGAGAUAAUCUUUAAGUGGCAUUCAUUAACAUGGAUAGAGUAACUAUAACACAGUUUGAUAACAUUGAGAGAAUACUCUUUCAAACCUUGCCUAAAUAUAUUAGUAGCUGUUGGUCCAUAGAUAUGUGUUAUAAUUUAUCAAUUUUCAGAGGGUUUAGAUAUUCCCAAUGGCAGAUCAAUUCCACUCUGUUGGUGCUGAAGUGGAAAAAGUCUUUAGGUCAUUGCAUAUAUAAACCGGUAAUAGAUAUUUGUUAUAUUGUUGGAUAUUAUUUGGCAACAAAUUUGUUUCCUAUUUUAAGAUUAAUAUGUAUAUUAGAGGUGUAUAAAAUUAAUAUUUCUAAAUUAUUGAAGAGAAUAAUAUUAUUAGUCCAUUUUUACCUCAGUGUUGUUUCUUAUGUGGGCAGAUUUGUAAAUUUAUUUUAUUCAAAUUAUCACUAAUUAGCUCAAAUGAUUUUGUUAAAAUAAAUUAGGUAUUUUUACA